AUGAACGCGAGAAACAAAGACAAUUGUAGACAUAGGGCGUUUAGUGGUUACCAACCUAUGUUUGAGGUUCCAAACAGCCUUCCAACUUUCGUAGAGCUUUGCGGAGGAGGUGGCUUCUCGAUCUGCGACUGGGUCGGCGCCCUCGACUGCCGCAUGGAGCCAGAAAAAUUGAGGUUUUACACUCCGAUGAUUGAAGGAGCUAUGCAGGCCACGAGAGCUAGAAUUAUUCCGACGUAUUCCUAG